AUGUGCCAAUUCCGAAUCGGUUCGCGUGAAAUAGUAAUGUUUCAAUGAACAAAACCCGUCCGGUCUGGGCAUAUAUAAUCAACCGUAACAAACGCAAUUGAGUAAAAAAAAGAGGCAAAAACAAAAGUGCGACAAAAAAUAAUAAUAAUCGCAGCAAUAACAAACGUAUCGAUAUGCAAAUUGCAGGCAGCGUCGAGUAAGUUACGCGCCAUCGACUAAUAAGAGCACCAGAAGGGUGUUGGGUUGAGCGCGCGCUUAGAUUAUUUAACUGCAGCUAAAUCUGCCUGCAGCUCGAAGAUGGUGGAGACAGAGCGGAAAAACUAAACUUAACUAAACGGCCCAAAAGUACGAGAAGAAAGGGAACUGUGCGCGACGAGAAGGCGGGUUGUGUUGGUAGGUACUUUACCAUAUAAAUUGCACCGCCCGCCGGGACUGCCGAACCAGUUGUGAAAAAUGACCCGCUUUGCGUACUCUCUUGUGACGACGGUGUUGGCAGUGUUAACCGGAGUGAUUCUGGCGGACGAUGAUGUAGACUUUCGCGCGUUUGAUUUUGGCGAUGAAGAUACGGAGUUUUUUAGUUCGCAUGAGAAGUCCUUCAAUGAGCGGGACUAUUUUCCGACGGAUUUCAAUCUCGGUAGUCUGGAUUUAAUAUCGGCUAUUCCGCGCUUCGCCAAAGCUGAAAGUUAUGUUAAUCCGAGUGAUGUUGAGGUGGCGCGUACGAAGCGGACGACUUCGUCGAGUGUAGAGGAACCGACUGAUGAUAGUGAAGAGAAUGACGAUCGGAGCGUUAACGGACCGGAUGGUUACGCCGAUCGCUAUGAACGGUUUGUUAGUCGGCAUUUCCGGAAUCGAGACGAGCAACGGAACGACAACGAAAAGGAUGACUCGGAGAAAGGAGCUACUGAGUACGAAUACAGAUUCGAUUUCAGUCCAUCGGAUGACUACGAACGGAUCAAGCAAGAAUCAGAGGCACAGAGCCGUCAACUGGCCAAAAACCCGAAGAACUGCAAGGCCUACGAUAAAGAUGGAAUGGUGUGUCACGUGUGCAAAGAUCCAGUCACCGAAACGAAGUCGGAAUCCUGCGCUUACGCAACCGUUCCGCACCAUAACAAAUUUUCCUAUGUGAAAGAAAAGCAUUACAACAGUAAAGAUCACGAAAAGGACGAACCUGAAGAUGAUCGCGAGGAGAGCGAUGAUGAUGGGGAUGAUACUGAUGAGGAUGAAAGUGAGCAAGAUUCGGAUAAACGUGCGGAAAACAUUACGCUAAACCCUAAGAAACCGAAGGUGAUACCAACCAAAAAAUCUGUGGUCCACACACGACCAGGUCAAGAGGGCACAAAUGGCGGUGGCUACCGCUAUCAACCAGUCGAUUUGCGCUCGAACAAACAACGACCCAAAGCAACUACUACUGGAGGAGGGGUUGUACAUCCCGUGCACUAUGAUUUCUAUACGCAUUUCUUUCCCCCUCUGGGGCGAAGCCAGAAGAUCAAACAGCAGGAUCCGGCCAGCAGCGACGAUGUGUAUGUUCUGAGCUAUCGGAACGACGAAGAGGUGGCUAAGGUUUUGGCCGAUUUUGAAACACGGGACUGGUCUAACUGUAAAAAAGGUAUGAAGGACGACCUCACCUGUUACGCAUGUACCGACAAAAAUGGUGUUAAACACGAGGAAUGCAUGUACGUUUCAGAAUCUCGCCAGACACCACAGACCAACGCAACUAGCACCGGCUCUGCCACGAUGGCCACUACGGCGACAAGCUCCGUGCCGAAACCAACGAAAAAAUCUUCCCGCAAAAAGGUCACCCCCGAGAAGAAACCCAUUUCACCGAAGCAACAACAGCAGCGAUCGGCUAAGCUACUGCAGCUGCUGGAACCGACCGAACAGGAAACGCACCGCGGACAGAACCGACAGACGGUGAAACGCACGGUUACCAUCAGAAGUCACAUCGAUGCGACCGGGGGAGAACUGGGCGCUCCGCAGGAACCGAUCGAAGACGAACGGGUGAUGCACUACGAGCAUCGCGUCAGCCAUGUAACGGAAUAACAAAAGUUAAUAAAUAGUACCCUCUUUCCUGUCAGGUCUACUCA